AUCACCACGACAGCGCCGGACGACAGCCAUGGCCCCUAAGGUGGAAAACAAGCAAGGUAGGUUAAUUUCGUGCGACUACCCCAUGAUGUUUGAGUCUGCAGAUUCCUCUAUUCCGAAUCCCGAAUUUGCGCGCAUCGAGUGAUACAUCCCGGUGGAAUUUUGUGGAAUCGACGUGAUUUUCAUCCCAGCACAGCAAAGCAGGAGCAACAUGGCGAAAUUGAACUCAGCGUUGAUUUGGCACUCGCGCCACCUGUUUUGACUGUCUCGCGGGCCGGCCGUCGAAAUGAGCAAUUUUUCUUAGUGAACCACAGCGACUGACAUGUGGAAUUGUACAGGCAAGACCAAGCCCAGCAGCAAGGCUGGUGCUGCUGCCAAGGCAGUUCUGAAGGGUGCAGGUGCGCACAAGGCUCGCAAGGUCCGCACCUCGACCACCUUCCACCGCCCCAAGACCCUUCAGCUUUCCCGGUCGCCCAAGUACCCUCGCAAGUCGAUCCCCCACGCGCCCCGCCUCGAUGCCCACAAGGUCGUUCUCUUCCCCCUCAACACGGAGAGCGCCAUGAAGAAGAUCGAGGAGAACAACACCCUUGUGUUCAUCGUGGACGUCAAGGCCAACAAGCGUCAGAUCAAGCUUGCUCUCAAGCAGCUGUACGACGUCGAUACCGUCAAGGUCAACACUCUUGUCAGACCCGACGGCUCCAAGAAGGCUUACGCCCGUCUUACUCCCGACGUCGACGCUCUGGACAUUGCUGCCACCAAGCUUGCUAUCGUCUAGAUGGGUUUGUCUGGGACUGGACGGGUUUUUCUUUUAGUUUUGUGCGGUGGUUCAUCAAUAUCAAAUAUACAGUUAACUGCCAGUGCUUCGACGAGGAUGCAAUGAUCAAAUCAAAAAAUGAAAGGCAUUACCCGAACCCAUGAUAUAGUAAUGAAGUAUAGAUGACACAGGAUGAUACCCCGUUAUACUCUCCCGCGUCUUAAUGGAGAAGCCUUUAAAUGUAAAAUUCCGGUGGAUGUGAACAUGAGACGCAUGGCGCUUCUCGGGCCCAGGACUAAUU